AGUCGCCCCAUAAACAUUCACGCAGAUGGUUUAACUAACUACUAACAAAGUUCAAUGGGCGUAUCGGUCGCACAUUAAACACUUUUAAUUGCUAUCGUAGAUGGAGCACACGCCCGGUUUUGCCCAAUAGUACUAGUACGUCAAUAAAAAGUUUGUGCCAAUUAGUCUGUGAAUAUUGGCAAGCAGUAUUAUCAGUCGACAAUUGUAUAAAUGUUAACACGAAAAUAACAUUAUUUCAAAGUACUGAUAAAAGCCGCCAGGCGCAAAAAAAAAAAAAAAAAAGAAAAAAGGGAAACUGCAAUGUCCGAGAAUCAGCAGCCAGUGGUUAGUCGUACCCAGCCAGUCGUCGACUACGGCAGCACAUUCCGGACGGAUUCGCAGCGCCGACCCACAUUUAUUCCGAUCGAAUCUCCGCGACGUUAUUCAAAAAUGGCCCACAGUUCGCUGUCUGGCCAUGAGGCCCAGAAUCGCCUACAGAGAUUGGAGUACUUUCUAAAUGUUGUGAACCAGAUGUGCAUUGGAUUUAUCACCAUCUAUAUAUCAUAUUUGACCCUGCGAACUGGAUUAUCCGGCACUGGACUGCACGCCUGGCUGGUAACCAUUGGGUUCUCAUUCUUUAUGGCCGAAGGAGUUAUGGUUCACUACGGUGGAAAUGUCUUGACCAACGGAUAUAAACGCCAAACGAAGACCACAAUACAUUGGGUACUUCUCACACUGGGGGGCGGUUGUGGGGCCUCUGGAGCCCUUAUCAAAAUGAUUCAGAAGGGGUUUCUGCUCCAUUCGACACAUGGGAAGCUGGGGAUGACCGCUUUUAUACUAUGCAUUCUGGCCAUGUCCUCCGGCUUGGCUGCACUUUUCUCCGCUCGUGUGAAGAAGCUGAUUACACCAUUAUUGAACAAGACAUUUCACAACUUGCUUGGAUUUGCUUGUUUUGUGAUCGCACUGGUGACCCAGUAUUAUGGCUACCAGACGGGAUACUUUAAGAGCCGCAGUGAAUCAGACUUCCAAAUCCUGAUGAAGUGCCUCACACUCAUAUCUCUGGUCCUUUCAAGCUACGGACCCAUGAAGGCACUCUAUCAAAAGUUCAAAAAUAUAUCCCAACAGUUUUAAGUAGGAGAAUCAGACUUAGCUUUUCGAAUGUAAAUAGAAAAAUAUAUUUUAAAUUUGUUAAUAUCUUAGAAUCUUUUGGUUUUCAUUCGAUUUUUUCUCUGACCUGUCUAACAAUUUGUAGCUAUUCUUAUCGGUCAGUCAGUUGGGAGUACAUUUAAUUUAUGGACCCCAUAAACAUGAGUAAAUACUUUGUCAAUGCACCAUUAGUGACUGGGAAAUGCCGGUGUAGUAUCUAGCGGUUUGACAUUCACACUGUCACCGUCUGAAAGUCCCCUUACAAAAAAAAAACCCCCAUUUGAUUGACGGUUGAUAAAGGCUGAUUAUGUCAAAUACAGUAUUGUGAAUACGCUCCGUCAUUUGAUUAUAGCCUAUCUUCAAGCUGUUU